AUGGCAGCCCCUGCAGAGGCUCCUGCAGCAGCGCACCAUCAGCCCAGCCCAGCCCGAGCUCGGGGCAGCAGCGCCCGCUGUCAGAUAUGCGAGGUCGACCUCAGCACCGAGCGCAUCUUUUUCAGGCGAUAUCGAGCGUGCCCUCAGCAUGUCCACGCCGACCAAAUAGAGCUGGAAGGCAGGCCCCACCGCUUCUGCCAGCAGUGCGGCCGCUUCCACCGCCUCGAGUGCUUUGACGGCGACAAGCGCAGCUGCCGGGAGCAGCUGGCGCAGCACGCGGCCCGCCGCCGAUACCUGUACCGCCUCCGCCACGGCGGCGGCGGCAGCGAGGGCGGCGGCGGGGCCGCCAGCGGCGGCCACGCGCGCAGCAGCGGCGGCAAGAGCAGCGGAGGGGGGCCCUCUGCGAGCUCCGGCUCCGAGCAGGGCGGGCAGCUGGACGCCAGCGCAGCGGCGGCAGACACCCUACUCAACUACCUCCCCCUCCCAACCGCCAAGUGCCAGCGAACCGCAGAGCUCGCGGGGCCGGCCCUGGCGCCGCAGCCGCAGCAGGCGCCCGAGCCCCCGCAUCUGCCGCUGCCGCUGUCCCCGCCGCCGCAGCAGCUGCAGCAGAUGCAGCAGCAGCUGCAGCAGUGCGCCCCCGAGUGGCAGCAGCAGCAGAUGCAGCAGAGCGUGGCCGACUGGCAGCAGCAGCAGGCGCCCGCCCCGCAGCAGCAGCACGCACCCUUUGCCUGGCAGCGCACAGACAGCAGCAAGAGUGCGCAGCAGCCGCCGUGGCAGCGCACAGACAGCGGGAAGAGCGCGGCGCAGCCGCCCUGGCAGCGCACAGACAGCGGGAAGAGCGCGCAGGGGCAGCCGCCCUGGCAGCGCGCAGACAGCGGGCUCAGCGGGCUCAGCAGCACGUACCGCAUCUCUGGCUUCCUGGAGGCAGCCGCCGCCGCCGCCAUGGCCGCCGUUGCGCCGGAGCUCGGCACGCCGCGCAGCGCGGCCGGCGAGCCGCCGCCCGGCCACCACGCCUGCCAGUCUGCCCAGCAGCACACGCCGUCGCCGUCGCCGCAGCCCGCGGCGGCGGCGCCGCCGCCGCAGCAGGGGCAGCAGCAGGAGGAGGAAGAGCGGCUGCUGGAGCAGCAGCAGCAGCGGCUGCUGGCUGCCGAGCUGAACCGCUGGGUGGAUGAGCAGCUGCAGCAGAGCCCCGCUGAGGAGCGCCGCCUGCUGGCGCCGCUCGACUCCCUGCCCCUACGCGGCAGCCCGGCGCGGCGCAGCCACCCGACGGCCGGCCCGCGGCCGGCAGCCGGGGCCGCGCGCCCCGCCCGCGUGCGCAGCGCCUUCUCGCCGCCCUCGGCGGCCGCCGCCGCGUGGCUGCCGCCGCCGCGCGCCGACGUUCAGGAGCUGUGGGGUCGGCUGUGGCAGGCGGUGCAGCCCGCAGGCCUGGGCCCGCCGCCGCUGGCGCUGCCGCAGCUGGGCGGCGCCGCGGGGCAGCCGCGGCUGGUGCUGCGCCCCGUGCCGCGGCGCGUGGGCGUGCUGGCACCCAGCCUCAGCGCCGCUGUGGCUGCCGGGCAGCUGCCGCUGGGCGUGGCGGCGGCGCAGGCGCAGCCGCUGGCCGCGCUCAUGCGCCAGAUGCAGCGCCAGACCGGGCCCCUGCAGGCCCAUGAGUUGCUGCAGGUGCUGGAGCGGCUGCAGCCCCCACCGGCACUAGUGGCGGUGCCCAUGGCCCCGCCGGCCCCUCCCGCGCCGCCGCCGCCGGCCAACAGCCAGCUCCUGUCCCUGCUGGCAUCGGCCGCCCCCUCCCUCCUCUUCUGA